AUGUCUUCGAAUAUGGCGGCCUCACAACCAGAUGAGAAGGCAACGGCCUCAUCUCCCCAUGACGCCGAGACAGCCUUGGCCUAUACAUCAACCGACAAAGACAUAGCAAUCAACCUCGUCGGCGAACACGCCCAAGAUAUCGAUCCUGAAAUCGAAGCAAAAGUUCUUCGCAAGAUCGACUGGUUCCUCAUCCCGGCCAUGAUCGUGGGCUAUGGCCUAGUAUACUACGAUAAAGCCAUCCUCGGUUCUGCCGCACUCUUCGGCAUGACGACCGACCUACAUCUCACGCAAACCAUCUCCCCCGCUACACCGACUUCCCCAGCAGUAAUCUCCACGACACGCCUCUCAUGGGCGACUUCAUUAUUCUACUUCGGCAUGCUCGCCGGCCUCUACCCCCUCACCUUCGCUCUCCAGCGUUUCAACCUAGGCCGCAUCCUUGGCGCCGUCGUACUGUUUUGGAGUCUAAUCUGCAUGUUGACAGCCGCUGUUACGGACUAUAAGGGACUGUACGUCCAACGUUUCUUCUUAGGUUUCGUGGAGAGUAUCAUUCCAACAGGCUUCAUGACAAUAGUAAGCAGCUACUACAUGCAGCGCGAGCAAUCCGUUCGGCAGUCCUGGUGGUUCAGUUCCACAGGUCUCUUCACCAUCAUCGGCGGCGCGCUGAACUACGGGUUCGCACAGAUCACCUCUGGCGCGCUGAGACGCUGGCAGUACAUCUACCUCCUCGCUGGCUGCCUAACCUUCCUCUUUGGAUGUUUCUGCUUUUUUAUACCUAAUUCCUGCGCUGAAGCGUGGUUUCUGACGAAGAGCGAACGCGUUGUCGCUGUUGAGCGGCUGAGGAAGGGCGCGACGGGCGUGCGGUGCCAGAAGAUCAAGAUGUAUCAACUGAGGGAAUGCAUUACAGAUGUCAAGUUCUACCUCGUAUUCCUGCUCAUGGGGUCCGCAUACACCGUCAACGGCGCGGUAUCUGGUUUCGGUCCUCUAAUCGUAAACACAUUCGGCUGGUCACCUCUCGCGUCGAUACUCUGGCAGUUUCCUCUUGGGUUGAUUUGCCUCGUUACGAUCCUCCUCUGCGGAUAUCUCUCCUCGCGUAUACCCAACAUCCGCAUCAUUCUACUCAUAGUAAACUGCCUUCCCGUCAUAGCCGGCUGCGCCAUGAUCUGGAAGUCGGAGUGGACGUAUCAUGCGCCUACGCCUGUCGCUGGCUACAGCAUCAUCGGCACUUUUGGCGCAGUAGUUAGCCAAACGAUCGUCAUAGCCAUGUCCAACGUCAGCGGCGCGACGAAGAAGAGUGCAAUGGCCGGCACAGUCUUCGUUGCAUACUGCGUUGGCAACAUCGUCGGUCCACUGCUUAUCAGGAGUCAAGAAAAGGGCGCGCAUUACCCUAGGCUAUGGACUGGCCUGAUCAUCUGUUACUGUAUCACGAUAGCGUCGGCGGUCGCGCUAUACGCCGUGUUGAAGAGGGAGAACAAGAGGAGAGAGACGAUGAGCGUGGACGAAGAAGAAAGAGACAAGAUGGCGUUUAUGGACUUGACGGAUGGCGAGAAUAUGUAUUUCAGAUAUGUCCUGUAG